UCUUACUGUUCUCUAAUCCAAUUCUAAUCUUAAUUCUUCAUAAACCCUAACUUUAUAAAUCCCUUUUUUCAUCUUAAAAACAUCUGUUUUCUUGAAAAUGUCGGAAGAAUUCGAUGAAUCUGAGAUUAUUUUCUCUGAUAAUUACUUUCCAGUUCGCCGGCGGGAAGACGGGAACGAGAAAGAGAAUCGUCCGGUGGCUUUCCGGGAAAAUUCUGAGAGAGUGAGGAACAAGUCAUCGAGACGGAGUAAAACGACGUCGUUGCCUACAGCGGUGACGGCGUUUUCGAGUUCGCUUCCGGUGAAUAUACCGAUGAGGAGGUAUUCAACGGAGGAGGAAUAUUCCGAUGACGACGGAGGAAGGAGAAUGAUUCCGCCCCAUUUGAUAGUUGGACGGAGGAUGGAAGGAGGUCAAAUGGCGUUUUCCGUUUGUACAGGUAACGGAAGAACUCUUAAAGGACGAGAUCUGAGCCGGGUUCGUAAUUCGGUUCUCAAGUUAACCGGAUUUUUGGAAGCUUAAAUUUGGAUUGGACCGGACUGGUGUCGGAUUUUUAUUAA